UGGCGCUGGGUGAUUCAGCACCAGGGAAGGGCCUCGGUCGGGCAGGUUGCGGAGUUCACCAUAGCAACGCGGGGGAAGCAGCCGCCUUGAGCGGUCUAAGGGUCGUUGCGAGGUUGCAUGGUAGUGAUUUCUGAGAGAAGUAGUUAUGAAAGAAUAAAAACUCCAAAAUACAGAUUCUGAAGAUUAUUAUUUUUUUAAAAAAAGGGGGGCCGCGUGAUUCUUACAAUCUUUUCGACAGACACGAUUCUUAGUACCACCAACCAACCUCGAGAGAUGCAGCUGCUAAUGAGAACAGCAAGAAUAUGCACACUGUGCAGGUUUUGCUCAAAAACCUGCCUGAGGUGGCAGUAGGAAGCACAUCACACGUAGCAGUGGCAUCAUUGCGCCUGCAAAACAACUGACUCCAGUGUGGUGGAAAAGACUUCUUUGAGGAGUCUCCACGUGCCACCCAUUUCCCACAUUCGUGUUCGUUUCGUGGUCAGUUGUGGGAAAGGGGGGGGUGCAUUGGAGAGGAUUGAAAGGUGGAGUUGUUCAUUUCCUGCAGUGAUCACUCUGUUGAAACGGGGAGUAAGUGGGCAGUGCUGUAGGUGAAAAAUGGGGUGUCAGCUGUUGCUAACGCCAUUUGCUUUAUUUUAGUGGGCCAGGUGUCAUGUUUGUUUAUCUUGGUAAUGUGUUGGUUGUCCUCCCUGCAUUUAGCUUUGUUUGUUUUAUGACAGGGUUCUUAUUUAUUUAACUUUUUAAUUAGUCCUUAAUUUUUGCAUAUUGCCAUUUUCCCUGCUGUGGGGUCGAAAUAUUAAAUGAAGAACAGGUUAUGAAUAAAAUGAUGAUGAUGAUAGCCUGUCACCUGCUGGCAUGGUUUUCUUUACCAACUUGACUAUGUGUCUUUUCUUAUUACUUAGUUCUGUAUUAGUGAAAACAUAAAAGAGUUAACGACAUCUUGUACUUCCCGCAAGGAAUGUUCACAUUUGUCAAUCUGGCACCAGAGACCAUCGCCAUACACUGACCUUCAUUUCUGCUGAUUGGGUCUGGUAUCUUGGCAUUCCUCAAGGAUGUCUGCUCAAAUGAAAAACUGCACAACUACAGAAUCUCUUUAUAGGAACACUUAAGUACAACUCAUCAUAAUUGUUGGUUGGGGUUAGAGCUGGCUAGGAGGUUGUACUGAGAUGGCUAACAAGACAAAUUCAUCCAGUUUUACUUACGAUUUUGAAUAUUACAUGGAUUAUUUAGAUCUACUUCCAGUUGAUGCAAGAAAGCUGAAGGCAAACAGAUUAUUUGGAGUUUCAGGAGGGUGUCCUCACUUAAAGCACUACAGCUCCUAUUCCUUGGGAAAGAAGCCUUCCUUGAGUGGACAUUCAAUUGUCAUAGCCCUUUGGAUUGGGCUUGCUUCUUUUGUGGCAUUUCUUUUCCUUAUUUUGUUCUAUAUAUCUCGGACUGGUUCUACACCCGUGAAGCCUCAAAAACCACAACGCGGUAUUCCAAUACAGAACUCAACGUGCUGAAAAACUGAAUCAAUAUGGCAGAAUCCAAGUUGGUCCUAUUUGGCAGGAGAUGGAGAAAACAAAGGUUACAAUGCUCAACCCAAAUGGAAUGUCUCCAACAGACUGGAUAAAGAUGAAAAAAGAAGGAAAAAAACCACAUGAUGCUGCAAACAGAGACACAAAAACCUAAAUUCCAGUUUUGCCAGUAUUUUGUGAUGCUGCUAAAUAUAAUACACAUUUCUUACUUUAAACUGAUUAAACAAUUUUCAUCAUUUUUCUGCAUUCAGAAUGUGACUUCAUAUACAGUCACAAGAAGUCACAUACUGAAUGUAGGGAAAAAGAUGCUCCACUUCUCUGUCUGUAUCUUAUCGCAAACACACAGAUAACCAGCUUCACCAUUUUUUCUUGUGAAUGUAACAUCCCAAGCCUGCCGUGGUUUGGUUUAGUUUUUAUGUGUUUUGUUUGCUGUAUUUUGUUAUUGGGGUUAUAUGGAUAAAAUUUAAUAAAAAUACUUUUUUUAAAAAAAAUGA